CACAAGAUUAUGACCGUCAAACUGACGUUAUUUUGCAUGAGAAACUUUCUUUUUUCACAGUUUUUGUGGAGUAAAAAGAAGGAUUAGUGAGCCAGGAAUCGAAAGAUUAGUUUCUUUUGCCUUUACCAGUAAAAAUCAUCCAUGAAAUUCUGCAUGCUUGUUCAUUUCCGGACGGUGAAUGUGUGACAAUUCAAUUUCCGGAGCAGAAAGCUUGUGUGGAUUUAGUAUCGAAAUGGAGCGAUUAGUGUCAUUUGUGACUUUUGUUUGCCUUCGAACACAUAAUUUCCUUUAUUUUCACUUGAAGUAAAAUCUGUCGCCAACUUCAGUUGGCAGCUGGAAGUUUUUUUUUCGCGAAAUUAGUUCAUUUAGAGGUCUCCGCGCAGUCGUUUUUCCUUUUGCCGAUUGUUAUUUCGGCCAGCGGAAGAUUUUUCGGCUUCACUCGGCGGGCGGCCGAUUGUUUUCGUUUGGAGUAUGGCGGACGAUUUGUUUUCAAGGGACGAAACAACAUGAAAGAAUUUGGAGCUUGUGGUUGAAAUAUGUACGUUGGCCGUUAUCAUGAUUACGAAAGAUAUGAAGACGAGUCUUCGGAGGAAGAAUGCGAACACUGUUCGAGACAGAACGUUCAUUUUCGAGAUGAGGACAACCUCUUGUCAAGACCUCUAUACGAAGAGCCGCCUUGGGCCGGCCACAUUAAAGAAAAAGGCGAUGUAUUUUACAUUGAACCAUUUGACGAACCAACUCCCAACGACAUGGUGGACUCACUGGAACAAUUAGACAUCUCGGGGAACGAUUCCCAAGGCGAUGGAGAAAAAGACAAGGCGAAACCGGUGCUUAGGAAUUUUAGCUCGAUGAAGAAAAUUAUUCCAGGAUUGAAGCGAGAUAGAGUUGACGACAAGAGAAAUAAUGAGAGAAACUUAAAACAUUCAAGCCCUACAGCUCACAGAGCUGUGGAUGGGCUUGUUGAUGGUAGCAAAAUGGCUGGUAGAUUUUUCAAGAGAGAGGUGCAACUUAUUGUGACCCCUCCAAAGGGCCAUUCAGGAUUUAAGAAUGACUUGGAGACUUUACUUGGUAUUAUUCCCGGAAGAGACAAAGCUGGUAAGCUGUCACAGAAUGACAGCUACUCUGGAUCAAGGCUGUAUGUCAAAGGAUUUGUACCUGAUGGACCUGCUUUGCGAAGUGGAGAUCUUAGAAUAGGAGAUGUCCUUCUUUCAUUAAACAAACUGGAUCUGAAUUCCAGCAAUGUUCACACAAUACUUGCUGCCAUCACAGGCCCAAUGGAGAUUACUCUUACCAUACAAAGAGUAAUCCAACCCAAAUUGGCGUCUGCAGUCAUUCGUCAGAAUACCCCACCCAAGAAUGACAGCCACCUUAUAAAGUUAAUCAGUGGAGAGGCACCAGCUCCGUCCAAACCAGACCUGAAGAACAUUCCUCAUGUUGCCUUGUAUUUAACCAUUACAUCCAGCGAGGAUGACGACGAACCUGAUAAGGACAUCCUGUACCAGUAUCCAAAAUCAGAGGCAGCAACAAAGUUAGUGGCACUGAGGGGAAUGUUCCUGACCUUGAGUGAUUUAAUGUCAUCGGUGACUGGCAGUACAGCAAACAGCUCAACGCUGGUGUUGGACAAGAAGCUGGUCCAUGUUGUAUAUUCUAAGCUGGACAGAGAUGUGCUGGUCAUUGCUAUGCCUGCAGAAAGAAUACCUCUGGUUCAACUUCAGAAGGUAGCUGCUGAUAUCACUCAAAUUCUUUCUCUCACAUUUGGAACAAUGCAUAGGGCAUUCUCUGACAAGUUUAACAAAGCACGUGUAGACCAUCUUUUCUCUCUACUGUUUGAAAAAGCCCUUGUCAGACCUCCUGGUGCAACUGAAAAAGACUGCAUUAAUAAGCUGCCAGACCUUUUGCCUGGUGUCCAGUGGCUGAAUAUACCUUUGACAGCAGAGGUUCAUGUUCACUGCUCUCUCAAUGACUUAGAAGCAGCAGAUUAUGGAGAAUUUGCAGAUGAAUUUUUUCAAAUUAGACGAUUAUAUACAAUUUUAGGUUCCAGUAUAUUUUAUAAGGGAUAUUUAGUGGCCAAUCAUUUAACAAGGGAAGAUUUAGAAGAUGCUGUAUUAUAUUGUAAAUAUCAUUGUUUACUGGCCAUGAGUGCAGAGCAAAGAGUUGGUCAACUGGUGGUCUGGAGAGAGGUUUUUCCAACAAGAAGACAAAAGUCCAGAUCUGAAAGCAGGAGAAAAGAGGACGAGGAAUACUAUGAACCAACUGCAAGAUACUUUUUACUCAUUGUAGGCAUGAAACAUUGGCUCANCCUUCUUUCAUUAAACAAACUGGAUCUGAAUUCCAGCAAUGUUCACACAAUACUUGCUGCCAUCACAGGCCCAAUGGAGAUUACUCUUACCAUACAAAGAGUAAUCCAACCCAAAUUGGCGUCUGCAGUCAUUCGUCAGAAUACCCCACCCAAGAAUGACAGCCACCUUAUAAAGUUAAUCAGUGGAGAGGCACCAGCUCCGUCCAAACCAGACCUGAAGAACAUUCCUCAUGUUGCCUUGUAUUUAACCAUUACAUCCAGCGAGGAUGACGACGAACCUGAUAAGGACAUCCUGUACCAGUAUCCAAAAUCAGAGGCAGCAACAAAGUUAGUGGCACUGAGGGGAAUGUUCCUGACCUUGAGUGAUUUAAUGUCAUCGGUGACUGGCAGUACAGCAAACAGCUCAACGCUAGUGUUGGACAAGAAGCUGGUCCAUGUUGUAUAUUCUAAGCUGGACAGAGAUGUGCUGGUCAUUGCUAUGCCUGCAGAAAGAAUACCUCUGGUUCAACUUCAGAAGGUAGCUGCUGAUAUCACUCAAAUUCUUUCUCUCACAUUUGGAACAAUGCAUAGGGCAUUCUCUGACAAGUUUAACAAAGCACGUGUAGACCAUCUUUUCUCUCUACUGUUUGAAAAAGCCCUUGUCAGACCUCCUGGUGCAACUGAAAAAGACUGCAUUAAUAAGCUGCCAGACCUUUUGCCUGGUGUCCAGUGGCUGAAUAUACCUUUGACAGCAGAGGUUCAUGUUCACUGCUCUCUCAAUGACUUAGAAGCAGCAGAUUAUGGAGAAUUUGCAGAUGAAUUUUUUCAAAUUAGACGAUUAUAUACAAUUUUAGGUUCCAGUAUAUUUUAUAAGGGAUAUUUAGUGGCCAAUCAUUUAACAAGGGAAGAUUUAGAAGAUGCUGUAUUAUAUUGUAAAUAUCAUUGUUUACUGGCCAUGAGUGCAGAGCAAAGAGUUGGUCAACUGGUGGUCUGGAGAGAGGUUUUUCCAUCAAGAAGACAAAAGUCCAGAUCUGAAAGUAGGAGGAAAGAGGACGAGGAAUACUAUGAACCAACUGCAAGAUACUUUUUACUCAUUGUAGGCAUGAAACAUUGGCUCAUGUGUGUUCUGCUAGAAGCGGGUGGCAUCUCGAGNAUCUUGCAUUUAACUGCAUUUAUUUCUUUUGUUCAUUCCCAGCGUUUAAAACGUAGUGACCGUCGAAGCCGAUUUACACCUUCUGGAAUGCAGGGUGUGUUAGAACAUGGCGUGCUAUUUUACAGGACUCCCGAGAACGCAGCGGAGCAGAAGAAAGUUCCUUCAGUCCUCAAGUACUGGGUUAUAGGGCGCCUUCUUCCAGGGAAGCAUCCUCGGGAGUUGUACGUGUGCCACCACCAAUCAGUGCCCCAAUGUGCUGUGGAGCUGGCCUUUAAAUGUAUUACCGUUAAAUGCGCCGAAUUUAUGGACAGUUAUUUUCAGGGAAAACAAGCGAGUUCAUUGAUGAAUUCUGCGUCUUGGAUUUGAAGCAUUUGAUUUACUGUGACAAGAUUACCAAGGACUAGAACCACAACUCAAGGUUUUGUGUCUUGGCGAUAGUUAAGGGAUAGGACCGUGAUUGUUUCGGACCAAAUCACACACACACGACACAUUAUUCACUUACGAUAGAGGCUUAUGUAGAACGUGGCAAUGACAAGACAGCAAUACCACACAACCUCCAGAUUAGAUAACAUGCGAUUUUCAUGGUCUUUUGUGGUUCUCCUAGUAUACAUAAUUUUAACAAACACCGUUCAGCGCUGCAGAUUUACUGUUAUUUGAAUGAUUCUUUCGUGUGGACGCUGUUAGAAGAAGCAGUCACGCUGUCCACAAACCCAACAGAGGAAUGCCGUUACUACGUUACUGUCACGAAAUCUGCAAGAAAAUAUAUGUACCAAUUAAGAUAAUUCAACAAGACGUUUAAAGUUAUGUUCAUAUGCUUCAUCUUGGGUUGACACUAAGUAGUACGGUGCAGGGGCCCGUUUCUCGAAGGUCACGUAACGUUUUUGCACCCGGAAAGCCACAGCAAAAUCUCGAAG